CCUCCUCCGAAAUUUCGACAUCCCUCCCUCACGAUCAAACCACCUUCAACUCACCCUCGGCAGGAUAAUAUCUGACCUCAAGCCGCCAAAAUGGGUGCCCUCAAGUAUGUCGAAGAGCUCCAGAAGAAGAAGCAGUCCGACCUGGUCCGCUUCCUUCUGCGCGUGCGCUGCUGGGAAUACCGUCAACUGAACGUUAUCCACCGCGCCUCCCGCCCUUCGCGCCCCGACAAGGCUCGCCGCCUCGGCUACAAGGCCAAGCAGGGCUACGUUAUCUACCGCGUGCGUGUCCGCCGUGGUGGCCGCAAGCGCCCUGCCCCUAAGGGUGCCACCUAUGGCAAGCCCACCAACCAGGGUAUCAACCAGCUCAAGUACCAGCGCUCUCUCAAGGCCACCGCCGAGGAGCGUGUCGGCCGCCGCUGCGCCAACCUGCGCGUCCUCAACUCGUACUGGGUCAACCAGGACUCCACCUACAAGUACUACGAGGUCAUCCUUGUCGACCCCAACCACAAGGCCAUCCGCAUCGACCCCCGCAUCAACUGGAUCGUCAACCCCGUCCACAAGCACCGCGAGGCCCGCGGCCUCACCUCCACCGGCAAGCGCUCCCGCGGCCUCAACAAGGGCCACCGCUACAACAAGACCACCGCCGGCCGCAGAAAGACCUGGAAGAGACACAACACCCUGUCCCUGUGGCGCUACAGGUAAGCGCCUUCCGCUGGGAUGCGGAAGCGCUGACGGCGGCGUUGCUUCCUCUUCUUCCUCCUCUUCUUUUUCGGUAUUCUGCGGCGUGUUAUUCCUCUUAAUUUCCGGAAUAGCCAUGCUUGCAGAAGAAGAGAGGUCAGCACGAUAACAUGAAGAACGGAAA